CCUCCUCUCUCACGCUCGGGUCACUCACUACUCACUCCUUUUGCUCCGUACCCUCCUCCCUUUUCCUCAAAAACAAAAAUCCCCUCCCCUCCGCCUCCGCCUCCGCCUAUUCUUCUUCUUCUCCUCCCUUUCCUCUAGCAAGUUCAGUUUCCAUUCCCGUAUGCAACCUCAGUAGCUCCUCCUCCUUCUCCAUACCAGAAGAAGGCAAAAAAAAAAAAAGAAAUGGGCAAGUAUAUGAGAAAAGCUAAAAUCACAGCCGACGUGGCGGUCAUGGAGGUCUCCCAGUCCACCCUUGGCGUCCGCACCCGUGCCAAAACCUUAGCUCUCCAACGCCUUCAAUCCUCCUCCUCCACCACUCCACCCUCACCCUCCUCUAACUUCCCUGACUCCUCCUGUUACCUUCAGCUCCGUUCUCGCCGACUCGAAAAACCCUCGCUUUUAAGGCCCCAACCCCACAGACAACCCAUUCCUCCUCCAAAGGACGCUUCCCCAACACAAUCCCAACCCCGACCUGGCUCUACCUCCAAUUCCAGGCUCAGAGUCACCAAUUCUGCCCAUUCGGGCUCCCUCGGGUCGGACCCCGUUACCCGAACCAAAAACCUGCAAGAGGGUUGCUUCUUGGUAAGCAGAGUAGCUGAGCAAGUAGGGCUGGACUUUGAUUUGGGUGUAGAGGCUUCAUUUGGAGAAAACAAUUUGGAUUUUGAACCCAGAGAAAGCAGGAGCACCCGGGAAAGCACACCUUGUAGCUUGAUAAGGGGUGUGGAUGUGGCCACCCCUGGAUCUUCGACUAGGCAGAAGUCUGCAAAUGCAGUGAAUCGAAGAGGUGCUAUUCUCGACAAUGUCCCUUCAGCGUCUGAGAUAGAGGAAUUUUUUGCCAGUGCUGAUCAGUGCCAGCGGCGACAGUUUAUUGAGAAGUAUAACUUUGAUGUUGUGAAUGAUUUCCCCCUUCCGGGACGUUAUGAAUGGGUGAAAGUGAGCCGUUAAGCAGGAUGCAUGCCUGAAAGCAGCAGCGGCAAUAAACGAAGAAGCUAAACUCAACCUUGAUUCGUCGGGUGAAAGGGGUAGCGACCCUGCCAAAGCAAAUGUAUAUCGUCCUACGAAAAUACUAUAGGGUAUAAGACGUGCUAGUAUCCCCACUAUUCCUUUGUCCCUCCAGCCCUCUGCCAGUUGGGUGGGCCAGUGGCAGGGCCAGAGUAGGGGUGGUGGGCCGGCAUUGUGCGGUGUAUGCUAAAUGAAUAGUGUCAAAUUUGGGUCUGAAGCAGAGCCGUACGUGUACAGGGGAAGCGAGCAAUGAAGGCUGGUGCUCCUUUAAAUCAGUGAAGAUGACAAGUUGCUUCUUUGGACUGCCAUGAUGAAAGAUGCAAAGGGCGGAUCUAUGUACGCAUGAAUCGAGAAAAAAGGAAAAAAUUACAUGGGCUUUCAGGCACUGACUUGUGUCAGAACUUUCAAUGUCAGUGUGGAGCCAUGGAGUAGUAUGUGGAUUCUUGAAUUGUACUAAUUCGUUUGUCUUUAUACUCCUGCUGCUGCUGCUGGUGACUUCAGAGUCCUGACUCCUGAGGAGUCCUGAACUUGCGGUAAUAAAGCUGCUGAGUAAUCGGUUUGCAUUUAAUGAACGCGCAAAAAGUUCUUGCCUCUUGUGGGAUAAAACCCAAAUGAUAAUCCAAAAAUUUUGCCCCCUGUUAGUGUUUAUGUAUGAUGAUGUACGUACACAUGUGACAUUAUUGUACUGCACUGCUCCCACGGAGUAUUUUGGCGUCACGCAGUACAAGCAAUGGAACGUGUGGUUUUAAUGCCCAGAUCAAGGUUCAACAAUCAGCAGAUGGCUACAUUAAUAGAGGACAUUAGAUCAAUCUGCACUUUGUUUCAUCAGUGCUCCAUUUUUUUUGUCAACUCUAGGAAA